AAAGAACCGUGCUCUCUCUCUCUCACCCCGACCCGACCAGUGCUCCUCGGCGGCUCGGCUCCUCCGCAGCCAGCAAAAAGGACCCCACUCGGAACCCCCUCCGCCGCCGCGGUCGAGUAGUGCGAAGGGGACGCGACCUAGUCCCGGCCGCGGCUUCAGAUCUCGCGUCGCAGCGGUUGUUUGCUUCUCUUCGAUGGAGGCGGGCUCCUCGUCCUUUGGGGCCGCCGCGCCGCCUUCCAUACCCACUUGCAGCGAGCAGAGCGUCUGGUCAGACGCCUCGCCGCUCCUCGCCGCCGCGUGCCGUGAUCUCCAGGAUGGAGAACUUGUACAUGGGGAGAACUUUAGUCUGUUCGCUGCAAUGUCUGCAUUGGAAAUAAUGGAUCCAAAAAUGGAUUCUGGAAUUGAAAGAAGUGGAUACAACUCCAUUGAUGAAGCCAUAGAAGAUGGUGUUGCCCCAAUCCCACUUAAUUUGGACAGAACACUUGACAUUCAAUGCACUCUUGAUGUCAUGGAUCAUCUUUUCUCAUGUGAGGCAACAUGGCACAAGGGUCACACUCUAGCUCAGACCGUCUUUACCUGUAUCUACUUGAUGAGAAUGGAGAGAACUUCAUCACAUGCUUUAUUAAAUAGCUUUUGCAGGAUUUUGCGUGCUACAUGUAAUGCUAUAAUUUCUGUCGUUUCCACUGCACGAACUCAUGAGGAGGAGGAUCUCUUUACUAUGUCUUUUGGCCUGCCUUUGAGAGAUGAAGCCGAUGAAAAGUGCCUGUCAAUUCUAAACUCAAUUGAAGAGACAAUAUCUCGUCAAUUACGUGCAUGUAAAGCCCAAACAUUGCCCAAGAAAAAAACACUAGAAGGUCUUGAAUCCCUGCAGGAUAAUCCUGAGCUGGAGGAGGGUUACUGCAGAGCUUUAUUAUGCAGAUUGCGUUUUCGUAAGCAUUUCUUCCAUGUUGUUAUGUGCAUGAGGAAACCUCAUGGCAGAGGAUUGGAGUUGGCCCGGAAGCAUGUUGCGUCAUGCUUGACUGAACUCAGUUUGAUGCUUAAGUCUCGAGAGUUUCUCAAGUCUCAGUCCAAUGUUACGUUACAACAAGGUGAUGAAAACUGCACCACUGCAUCAGGUUGCCAACCUGUUGGCUUUGAUGUGAGCUUAAACAGCAGACUUUUGAGUCCAACACCACCACGUGCAGUUAAAGUACUUAGCUGGAGCAAUGCAAUCGGGUACUUUGAGAAGCUUCUGCAUGAUCUAGAUGUCAUUUGUGCCUCAUCGCUUGAUCCUAUGCUUGAGAAUGUGCUUCACUUUAUUGUACAGUUCCAAAAAUCAAUACCAGAUUUGGUUCCUAGAGCAUUUCUCCAGCAGACUUUAUUGAUCCAAGAUGGCAAGCUUUAUGGGCAAAACUUGUUUUCUGAUGUGAUUUCAAGGGCUUUAUCAUUACCGGACAUUAUAGGAGAUAAGGAAUUUCAGAUGAAUGAGUUUGUAGUGCAGCUAAGUCAGUUGGGUAUCAACUUGCUUAAAAUUCUAUGUACAAACACCGCAUGGCAACGCCGCAAGCUUGGGAAGAGCUUGCAGGAUUGGAGUACCAUUUCUAUACAGUUGGAGCUUGCGUUAAAAAGAGAGUUCGGUGAAACUAGAAAUGUCUUGAACAAUGAGAACAUGUGCAUGAGAGUAUCAAAGCAACUUCUUAUUUGGACUCAGGAACAUACGUACUGGGUUGCUUCUCGGUUCCUCAUAUUGGGUUUUGAACUUGACCUGUAUUCUCCAAGCGAAUACUGUAUGGUGUACUGGUACAUGUACGUGGUGUUUACAAAGCUAAUAGAAAAGAUGCAGUUAAGAGUCCUUUCUAGUAGUCAAAACUCACAAAGAAAAGGCAAAAAGAAGAGGGAUCAUUCAAGGGACUCAGCACGGGAUACUACACUUUCAUCCUCUUGUUUAUUGCUUCAAUGCUAUGUUUUACUGUCAGAAGGACUUUCAAUGAUGCUAGCUGUCCUCAGGAACGAAAGCAGGUCAUUCCAGUUACCAACUAUCUUUAAUACUGAACAAGAGAGAUUCAUGCAGCAUUUUGAUCUUCUUCAGAAAGCACGAAUCCCUGAGUACAUUUCGUACUACAGUUUUAGGGAAUCAGCUUCCCGGGCAUGCAUUUCAGAUUUGGUGAAAUAUAAUUUCUUUAAGGAAAUUCAGAAAAUAAUUCCCUCCCUAAGGGGGAGCUUUGCAAGUGAACCAGAAAAGCUUGCGGAGCUCCGCCGGAUAGAGCAGGUAGCUGAGCACAAUAGGGUUGCCCUAAACAUCGUUAGCCAAAUUGGGGCUGCUGAUCCAUCUCUGAGGGUCUCGUUUGAGUUUACACACCACCCGCACUUUGCAGUGGCAGUUGUGAAGAGAUCAUAAUCCAGGUUGAUGCAUAGAUAAUGAAAAUCAUUGUAUCUUGAAUCUUGAUAGUGACGGCGCAAAAUUUGCUUCCAGCAUUCUCCAUGCUGCUUGCUGUUAAUUGGUUCCUGCAGAGCUUCACCGUAUGUGCCUUUGGUUGUACACCAUGUAACAAUUUUGUAGACAAAAAAAAAAAAAACAGACACCAGGGAAAGCUCUGGCCACUGGCUGUAUUUUGUAAACAAAUUUUGAGAUUAUUCAUUCUGCCGAAUAUGUUUAUAAAGGAUAUUGUGUAAUUUGAGUGAUA